CUUGCCCUUGACAAGCGAGUGUACUGAAUAGUUAUGUCUGUGUCAAAGACUACGGGCGGUAAAACGCUCGACAUAGUGAAAAGUCUACCUAGGAUUACACUCGCAAACCUCCGACCAAACCCUGGUGCCAAGAAAGAUGACAAACGGCGGGGUCGCGGCAUGCAUGGAGGGAGCAAGAGUGGGCGUGGCCACAAAGGUGAGCGCCAGCGCGGGAACCGUCCUCGACUGGGCUUCGAGGGUGGACAGACGCCGUUCUACUUAAUCAUCCCCAAAUACGGUUACAACGAGGGACACAGUCGGCGGCCGCAGUACCCUCCCCUGUCCUUACGCAGGCUCCAGCACCUGAUUGAUUUGGGUCGUCUGGACCCCUCACAGCCCAUAGACCUUACUCAGCUGGUCAACUGCCGGGGCGUGACAAUCCAGCCACUGAAACGGGACUUUGGGGUACAGCUCGUGGAGGAGGGAGCUGAUCUCUUCUGUGCCAGAGUGAAUCUGGAGGUUCAGAUUGCGUCUGAGGCAGCUAUUGCUGCAGUGGAACGAAACGGUGGUGUGAUCACAACCAGUUAUUAUGACCCCCGCAGUCUUGCGGUCCUCAUUAAACCAGUGCCGUUCUUCAUGAGCGGGCAGCCUAUUCCCAAGCGCAUGCUUCCCAGUGAAGAUCUCGUGCCGUACUACACCGAUCCCAAUAACCGCGGUUACCUAUGCGACCAGGAGAAAGUGAAGGCUGCGCGUUUAGCACUGGCGCAGAAGUAUGGCUACACUUUACCUGACGUCUCCACGGAAACCGCGUGUGAACUCCUCGCGCAGAGGAAAGACCCACGGCAGAUCUUCUUCGGUCUGUCGCCCGGCUGGGUAGUAAACUUGGUCGACAAGAAAAUCCUUAAACCGACCGAUCAGAAAGUGCUGCAGUAUUACAACUCGUAAUGCUUUCUCGCAGGCAGUGGUUUUGUAUGGACACGUGUAUAUAUACCUGUUAUAUAAUAUUAUUGUUUCUUGUCAACAAUAAAAUCUCAUGGAUAUA